AUGUUCAUGAACGAGUGGCUCAUUCGACGAAAGAAAGGCAACGGACCGAUUGAAGCUGAAAUGCACUUGCUGACAAAAGACCUUACAAAGAAUAUAUAUCACCCUGCCGGUGAACAAACGCUAUGCAGAAGGAUAUUUGUUAUGCCAUUGGCGACCAAGAUGAAGAUAUCGACCAAGGAUAUAUCUCUGCGGGGAAGAUCAUCCAAUACUUCGGAUGGCUAUGAAGAAGGAUGGGGAGGUAUAUCUGCACCAUGGUCCAAUGAAAAAUCAGCUGGAGCACCAUCCGCAGCAUGGCAGUCAUCGCUCUGGGCCCAAGAAUCCGAUAGACCGAUUAGAAAUUUCUCAAUCCCAGAAAUAAGAGUUUCCAUCUCGUGUCUUGACCUCUUCGGUACCAUUUACGACGCACAGCAACCUUGGAAAGAUUUGAGUUGA